AUGGAUUUGUGAUUUAUGUAUAGUAAAACUACUGUAUCCAUAUUUUUUAUAAUUAAAUGUAGAAUUUGAGAUCAAUUUUUAAUUUCCUGUGGCUGGCCUCGCAUUCAGUUUCUUCCCCACUAAAUCGAGAAUGGAAUUACCAGAAGAAUGUUGGGAAUCAAUAUUCAGUUUCUUAGAACACCAUCGCUACUUCGAGCCUCUUUCUUUAGUCUGCAAAAGAUUUCUUUCCAUCACCAAUCAUCUCCGCCGCAGUCUCACCAUCACCGACCCUACCCUUGAAUCCCUCCCUCAUCUCCUCCUCCGCUUCCCCAAUCUCACCACCAUCGCUUUUCGUGAUUUUCACGGCAAUCUCGAUUCCGUUCUUUCCCUCAUUUCUCAGUCUGGGUUGCCCUUGACCUCCCUCGACGUCUCCUGCCACAAGUGUUUCCCUUUACUGGGUUUGAAAUGCUUGGCUUCCAAAAUUAGGAUUUUGACGGAAUUGAAUUGCUCCAACAUUGGGUCUUUGAAAGACUCUGAUUUGAUUGAGAUCGGGAAUUGUUUCCCUUCUCUUGAAGUGGUUGACAUUAGCUACCCUGACCAUGGAUGUGGGUUUUCCCCUAAUGGGUCAUUGGAUUCCAAGAGCUUUUCGGGUUUGGUUACAGAUUAUGGGAUCCUCGGUUUGGCCUCGUCGCUCACGAGACUGCGCAAGAUUGAUCUUUCCGGUAAUACCUUUAUAACCGAUCAAGCUCUUGUUAGUUUAUCCUCCAAUUGUAUGUUUUUGACUGAAAUUGGGAUUCGUGAUUGCGAUUUCAUUACCCAGAACGGGAUUGCUUUGGCUAUUCGUAAAACUGGUAAUUUGAAGUCGAUUUUCAUGAACGGAAUUGGAAUUCCUUCUAUAGAUGUAUGUUUUCUGGAUUCCUUUUCCUAUGCCAGAAGCUUAUGCGAGCUUGAUCUCUCCAAUUCGUUUAUAUCCGAUGAAUUGUUGUGUUUAGUAGCUGAGGCAAACCUUCCGUUAAACAAGCUUGUUCUCUCUCGUUGCUUUUGCUUCACAUUUGAUGGGAUUUAUUUUCUCUUGUCCAAGUACCAGUUCCUUGCAUACUUGGAUCUUGAAGGAGCAAAUUUUCUCAAUGACGAGUCCAUAAUAGAAUUAGCCAAGUUUUUUGGUAAUUUAACCUUUAUAAACCUUAGUUUAUGCUCUAAGCUUACCAAUUCAACCUUGUUCAAUCUUACGGGAAACUGUCCAUUGCUAACAAUUAUCAAUAUGGAGAGAACAAACCUAGGGGUGGAAGCAUUUCCAGCUGAAAUCGUGGUGAAUCCUCGAGUCAAGUCGUUACAUUUGGGUUGGAAUAACAAUUUGAAUGAUGAAUGCAUGAAAAUGGCUUCCUAUGUUUGCCCCAAUCUAGAAGUACUCGACGUUACCUACUGCUCGGGUAUUACGGAAGAGGGCAUCUUGGAAGUUUUGAAGAGUUGUGUGCAGAUUAGGUGUUUAGAGAUCAGUAGAUGCCAGGGCGUUAAUAAUCUUGAAUUGGACUUUGAACUUCCUAAACUAGAGGUUUUGCUGGCAGAGGGGUUGGCAAUUAACGAUGAGGCAUUGGCUUCAAUCGGGAAGCGAUGUGGGCGCCUAUCCCGUCUGAAUCUGGAAGGUUGCUUGAAUGUGACUGCCAGAGGAGUUGAAGGCGUGAUUGUGAACUGCAAAGCAUUGAAAGAGAUGAACUUGAGAUGGUGUAACAAUGUGAGUGUAGACAUUGUAGCUUGGAUGGUGCUUUCAAGGCCAUCUUUGAGGAAGAUUACCCUGCCAUGUGGUUCUGUUCCUACUGCAAACCAGAGGAAUUUUUUCCUGCGCCAUGGAUGUUUAGUUUGUCAAGGCUAGCAGCUUUUCGACACACUCCAUUUAAGUUCAGAUUUGUGCACAGUUAACAUGACGAAACAAUGUGAUGACUAGAAUUGCAUCUCAUAUGAACUAGUCAUUUUCUAUUUCCGUGUACUUUCUACUGCGUUGCAACUCAACCUAAUUGUUUGAUACUUUGCAUAUAAAAUAUGUUGCUAUGAUACGUAUGUUAUAAUAUAUUCAUUUCGUUUAA